AUGCAGAGCAGUGUCAGCACAGCCCUGGUGAUGGUGGAUAAAAGCCUGGACUCAGGAUUCGGGGACCAGGCACGAUACAGCAGUGUGGCCCAGGUGAUGGGAAAUCAAAGCUGGAUUCGGGACCCAGGAAGGCUGGAUUCUGUGUACUGGAUGCACGACCCCAAGGAAGGCAAUUCCAAGCAGCACCUUGGGACUCAGCAGGCCCGACACAAGGAAGGGGCAGCUCCCAACCACUGGACGCUACUGUGGAGUCUCAACGUGGAGAACAAGGCACGUUGCACAAUUAAGAGUGCGCAGGAGCAAGUCUCCCUCUGUCUGCCCCAGGUCCAGCCUUGGGGAGGACACAGGAGCACCAGGGACUCUAGGAUAGCUCUUCUGGAAUUCGCCUCAGUGACGGCCAUGGGACCCUCAGUAGCAAAGGCUGCGGAUGUCCCCGGUGGUGAGGAAGAUGACUGGCGUCUUCCGGUUCUUUUGUGGCUGCAGUGA